AGCAGGCGGGUUGUCACAUAACUGUGGGGCAGCCCCACCUGGCUUAAUUAUCUCUGUUUCUUUGGUGCUGGGAGGGUGCAAACCUUAAAUCCAUCAUGGAUUCAGCUUGAAGCCAGGAGCAGCUGGCCAGCCACCUUCGCAUCAGGGGGUCCUGUGUGCACACACAGCUGAAAUUUCAUUGGAAAAAAAAAACCAUACAACAACUUGUUUUCCUGCUCCCGGAGGGCAGCUUUAAAUCACUGGGUCUGGACACCGAUGAUUUUUACCCUGUCUAGAGACUGUGUGUUGAAGCUUUGGGGUUGGCAGAAGAAGCAACCAUGAUCUGAAGUCUCCGCAGUGCUAUGGCAAAGUUGCUAUGAGGCAGCUCAUGGCAACAGCUUAGGAAACAAGCUCUUGCUUUAGUCGUUUUGAUUUUGCAUGUUGUGCUCUUCCGUGUGACAGCGAUGAGUUUUCCUUGUAAUGUGAAGCUGGUGCAGACAAUUUAAGUCAUUAUUAAUAGAUAUGCUUGAUCUGGGGAAGUAAAAUGCUUAAUGUUUUGUUAAAUGAGGUGUACUCUGCAAAUGCUCGUAUUCGAGGAGAUGGUGAAGAUGCUGCCCCACGUUAGAGAUUAAUGGUUGCGAGCCUAUUGCUGAUGGGGUGAUCACCCUUUUCUCACCAGCAUUUGGAAUUUUGGACACAUAAGGUGAUCCCAGGUUAAAUCUGAGGCAGGCCCAGGCCCUCAGAGCAGCAUUUGCACAGAGACCUUGAUAGCUGAAUGGAUGGCACAACCUGAAGCUUCACAGCACACCAUGCAGACUCUGGGAUCUCAGCCCUCCACCACUCAAAAUGGAGGCUUGCCCAGGGCUUCUAACACAUCAUUGCAAAGCGUGGGUCACAGGUGGUAGAUUUUGAUUGCAGACAUUUGGAAGAAAUUCCUCACCCUGGGGGUGGCAAUGCCCUGACAGAGCUGCCCAGAGAAGCUGUGGAUGCCCUAUCCCUGGCAGUGCCCAAGGCCAGGCUGCCUGCAUGGGACUCUGAGCAGCCUAGUCUGGGAGAUGUCCCUGCCCAUGGCAGGGGUUGGAGCUGGGUGGGCUCUAGGGACCCUGGCAACACAAACCACAUCAUGGUUUUAUAAUUAACCUUAGACACCCGACCAGGGAUGACUUCCCCACUUCCAGUCAGCUUCAAGAUGCUCUGCAGGUGUUCUGCCUGCCAAAUCCUCUCUCCAGUAAACCAUUUUUGUUUCUAUGAUAACAUUAUAGAUACAUGGAAAUACCAUUUCAUCCCGACAGCUUUCUCUACCCACAUCAGUGGAAAAAGCACCAGGCUUAGCUGGGUCCUGCAUGAGGAAACUGGGAGAGGCUCAUGUGCUCGUGCCACUCAGAUACAAAAGGAUUUUUUCUUCUGCUCUCACCACUCCUAUUUUUAACUCCCUGCAAGUGCUGCUGUUGAACCUGUCGUUAGCAUGACCCAAGAAGUGAGUGCUACGUGCAAAUAGAUGCUGAUUACAAGGCUCACAAGAAGGGGUCACGGAGCAUUUCAGUGUGUUGGCAGCAUUUAAUGCCCGAGAUGCAAACAUACACAGACACCCCUUGCAAAAUUAGCCCAUGUCUGUCUGAGAAUAUCGGAGCUUCCCAGCACACACAGAGGGUGGUCUGGGGAAGGGGAUGCUCUGGAAGGCUGCUGCUGUUGGGCAGGUGGUGACAACAGGGCACUCACAGCCAGGACUCCUCAGCACCCUGCUCUUCCAGGGCCAAAGAGUCUGAUGUCACUGCAGCCUCACCAAGCAAAGCUAACAGCACGGGUGCACUGAGCCAGGGCACGCACAGGUUCUCUAAGCAGCAGCCCCAAAGACCUCUCCUUGCAGAGGGCUGCAGGAAGGACCCAAGCACGCGAGGAAGGGCUGGCAGGUGAAGACAUGGGGCUUUUUGUAACUGAGAGCCACGAGACACAAGUCACGAGAUACCAGCUCUAUUCUUGGCCCCACCAUGGACUUCUCCCAUGACCUUGAGGGAGCGGAUGGCUGCAAGCGCCCUCCUUGGAGCAGCCUGGCUCCUUUCUCUCCUAUACAAGGCAUUGCAGGAGAAGCGGUUCUCCCUGCCAAAGGCUCUGGAGGGUUUUACCUCAGUGGGCUUUGCCAAGUGCUUUGCAUCCUUGAGAAGACUUGCUGACACGCCAGCUGCACGGUGCUGUCCCCUGAUGCAAUGCACGGAAUCUCUCUGUGCAGCUGUGGCGAGAUGCCAACAGGGGAAGCACUGGCAUGGACAAGUUACCAGGACCAGUGACAGAGAGGCUGCAGAUUUCUCCCAAACUGGAUUCACAGCAUCCACUGACAUCUCCUGCAGAGAAGUACUACCAAGCCCUGGCCACAGGGAACCUGAGGAGCCUGCAGGUGCUGACAGACAGAUACUAUGAAGAUGUCAACCUGGUUUUUGAGAUCAGUAAAAACGAGAUGGAGUGGCAGGUGAAAAGCCAAGCAUUUUAUGGACUCUCAGGGCUGUGGUCGCUGGAAUACAAGCAGGAGCUGAGCACACCGCUGUGCAUCGCUGCCAGCCGGGGCCACACCGCCUGCCUGCGGCACCUCCUGCAUCGUCAGGCUGACCCUGAUCUGGCACCGGGGGGCUGGGCCCCUCUGCAUGAAGCCUGCCGUGGGGGGCACGCUGCCUGCGUCGAGCUACUGCUGGAGCACCAGGCUGAUCCCAACCUCCAGAGCGACGAGGGGCUGGCCCCACUGCAUCUCUGCACCACCCGCAACUCGCUGCGAUGCGCCGAGCUGCUGCUGAAACAUGGAGCCACCAUUGACCUGCCCAGCGAGGACAGCGGGGAGACAGCACUGCACGUGGCAGCCAAGCACGGCCUCUAUGACCAUGUCCACCUCUACCUAAGGCACGGGGCAGAUGUGGAUGCCCGCAGUACCCGGGGUGAGACAGCUUUGGGGUUAGUCUGCAGGCAGGCCCCGGAUGCUGUUGAGGAUGCCCUGCAGCUGUGCAGGCUGCUUGUGGUGCACGGAGCCAAGCUGGACGCACGCGAUGAGCUGCAGAGGAGCCCUCUGCAUGAAGCCUGUGGGGCAGCCAACAACGUGCUGGUGAAGUUCCUGCUGAGGCGUGGGGCAGAUGUCAAUGCCAUUGACUACAACGGCAUCUCCCCGCUGGGCUGUGUGCUGCAGGCAGCUGCCUUCAAGCAGGAGCUGAGGCCUCACCUGGUUGUGCAGCUGCUGCUCAACUACGGAUCCCAAAAAAUAUGGCCCCAUGCCUUUGCCAAGGUGCUGAGGUCCUGUGCAGCUGUGCCAGAGAUCAUUGAAAUCCUCAUCAACUCCUACUCACAAAUCCCCAUCUCUGAGAAGUGGGUGGAGGCUGUGCCAGAGGAGGUCCUGCAGCAGCACCAGCCAUUCUAUGAGUCCUUGUUCCGGCUGGCAGGCGCAGUCCGGUCCCUACAGCACCUGUGCCGUUCCACCAUUCGAAAGAAAUUUGGCAGCCGGUGCCACUGCCUCAUCCCAUCACUGCCCGUGCCCAAACCACUGCUGGAUUAUCUGCUGCUGGAACCCGAGGGUGUCCUGCUCUGAAUUCACAGCCAUCCUCUGCAUCUUCCCCGUGGCAGCAUCCAUUGCUGCUGGCCAAGCAGAGGAGCCACCGUCGUCAUGACAGACCGGUGCUUUUCAGGGACUUCUAGCAUAACCAAAAUGUGCUUUCAGCUGUAAUUUGAUAUGGAUUUGUUUGUUUCUUUCUUUUCUAAUUGUGCUUUCCAUGGAUUGUAAGGAGUAAUAAAAUGAGGAGUGGCUGCUACAGGUGUGCUGCAGGUGUGGGUGACAUUCAGGACCAAGGAGCUCACAAGGAUUCUCACCCACUCCCCUGGCUGCGGUGCCAUCUCCUGUGCCCAUUCUGCCUGUCAUUGUCAACAGGCACGGAGGAUGGUGGGCGUGCAGCCCUUUGGGCUGUCUUUGCCUGUGCUGCCUUGGCACGAAACAGCAGGGAGCAUUUGGAUCCCCACAUGAUUGACUGCUGAAGCAAAGCACGUGUGCACACACACCCCUUGGAAGCACUCACCCAAUUGUUUCACUGCUCAGUG